AUACUCAGAAAGAAUCAGCUAAAAUCAGUGCCCAGCCGGGUACUAUCACUGUGUCCCCUGGGAAGAUGGGAGGGUGGGUUGAGGAGAGUCAGGAAGGAGAGGUUCCUGUGCAGUCAUUCCAGCCUGUCCCCUGCUUCUUGGUCUUCCUGACCCCAUCCUGUCCGUGCUCCAGCUUUCUGAGCACAGCUGCUCUGCUGGGGAACCAUGGAAAGUAGAAAGUUCUUCCAUAAGGCAAGGUUUCCACCAGGCUGGGACACACCUGCACAGGUGACUCCCGACUGAAUAAGCUUUAGAUCCCUUCCAGCGACACCUGACAGCUGGGAGUGAAAGAACACAUUUCCCCGCCCCUUGCCUCCAUUCUUCCUUUCGUUGCGGAAUCCAGAAACAAAAUUCUGAAAGUAACCUCUAAAGUCUGGGCCCUGGAGAUUUUCCAGGAGGACAGAGCGCGCCCAUUUCCAUUUCCAGGGUAGGGUGAGGUUAGCAACUGGGAUUGGGUCCCUGGUACUCGGGGUGGCGGGGUGGGGUGAAUAAAGCCGCUACUCUCUAUCCAAAGCCUUGCUGUCCCCCAGCGCACACCCACCACGUCACUGCACAGCAUCCCCAAGGCGAAACUCCCUCCGAAGUGGGCCUUCCCUUCCUCGCCCAGCGCCCGGAAUGGAUCCUCUUCAGGAUUCUGGUGUCGGAGCGAGGUCAAGCGGGCGGGGAAAUGAGAGACCUGACACAGAAUCGGGGCGGGCGUAGACAACUGCCUGGGUGGAGCGGGAUGCGCCUCCACUGACAAAAGGGGCGGGGUCUGGGCCCUUAUAUGUCGGGGGCCACCCGGAGUCUCCCUGUCCUGCUGCUCCAGAACACUGUCUCCGCUUUCCUUGCUGUCAUCGCUGUCCGCGCCAACCCCGCCAUGGGCCUGGAGCUCUACCUGGACCUGCUGUCCCAGCCCUGCCGCGCUGUCUUCAUCUUCGCAAAGAAGAAUGGCAUCCCCUUCCAGCUGCGCACGGUGCAGCUUCUCAAAGGGCAGAACUGCAGCAAGGAGUUCUUGCAGAUUAACAGCCUGCAGAGGGUGCCUGUGCUCAAAGAUGGUGACUUCAUCCUGACUGAAAGCUCGGCCAUCCUGAUUUACCUGAGCUGUAAGUACCAGGUAGCAGACCACUGGUACCCAUCUGACCUGCAGACCCGUUCUCAGAUCCAAGAGUACCUGGGCUGGCAUGCAUACAACAUCCGAAGCAUCUUUGGGGUGACCCUGUGGGUCCGGGUGCCUGAGGAGAAGGUGAAUCGCAACAGGACCUAUAUGGACCAUGCUCUGCAGCAACUGGAGUCCAAGUUCCUGGGGGACAAGCCCUUCCUUGUGGGACAGCAGGUGUCGCUGGCUGAUCUCAUGUUGCUGGAGGAGCUGAUUCAGCCCGUGGCUGUUGGCUAUGAUGUGUUUGUGGGACGGCCACGACUUGCAGCAUGGCGUGGACGUAUUGAAGCGUUCCUGGAUACUGAGCUGUGGCAGGAGGCCCAUGGCCCCAUCUUCAACAUUCUGGAACAGAUGGCCAAAAAAACACUUCCUGUGCCCCCACCAGAGACCCAAAAAAAUAUGCUCUUUCGUAUUUCUAAGAUUCCUUGAGUGAAUCGUAUUUCUAAGAUUCCUGCUUUUAUGCUCUCCAUCACCUGUGUUGUGGCCUUGGUGUUCCCUGUGCUUAUUCUAUGACAAUUUUGUGUCAUUCCCAGCCUGGAGUGCUCCAAUCUGACUAGAAUAAAGACUCAUUCUGUUUUUUGCCCCCUUUUA